AUGACAUCUGGGGUACCCAGUCGAGAGACAGGUAGAAAAACCAGGAGGCAUCAUCAAAAGUCGAGAGAUGGAUGCCUCGAGUGCAAGCGUCGCAGAAAGAAGUGCGACGAGUCAAGGCCAUCGUGCACGCGAUGCAUCUUGGGUCUCAUAAAAUGCUUGUAUUUAUCAGCAGUACCUUCCGCAGAGAUAAAUGGAAGAGAUGGAUCUUAUAUACCGAGGUUACCAAUCAGCCCUGUGGGAGCAACUUCGAGUAUUUCGCCGCCUCCAAAUCUAAUUCCACUAUCAUCACACCCGGAAUCACCACAUGUGGACACAGACGGAUAUCGUACUAUUUCAAAAUUUCCAAGCAGCCCAUCUGAUACCGAUCUAUAUUACCACUAUUUACGGCAUGUGAGUCCCAAUAUGGGUGUUUGCCGAAGCGGCUAUAGCUUGUUGCAGUCCGGGAUGCCGACGCUGGCUCAGCAGAGCGCAGCCGUUUAUCACUCUAUUCUUGCAGUCUCUGCAGUCCACUUAGCGUGGAACACGAUCUCCAAAAACCCCCCUCCUAAAACAGAAUCAGUCCAUCAAAUCCUGCUCAGUGGCUAUCAGCACUACAACGAGGCGAGCGAACGAAUUCGAGAAUCAAUCUCAAAGUCUGGCACACCGGAUUCAGGCAAUCUUUUGACUAGCACUUUAAUAUUAGUGCCAUUUGCUGCUGCAAGUCAGCAGAUCAAUCACUGGAUCUCAAGCAGCAGCGGAACGCAAAAAUCGCAUGGUCCACUCUUGUCAACUCCAAGGGAUGUGAUAAUAUUGGUUAGAGGGGUGCGAAUUAUGCUUGAAACGCUUCUUUCAGGCGACUUAGGAAUAAGCUGCGAGCCUCCUGUACCGAUGGCUCUUGACCGAGACACGAUAUCAGUGAUGCCAGUAGCCAGUCUUAUGUCAAAGGCUCUACAUCCAUCACAUAAUCAUGUCAUGACCGCAAUGAUUGUUACCAGUAGUCGAGAUGCAUUUUCAAAGCUUCAAGUGCGCCUAGAUUCCCUCGUUCCCAACGGAAGCGAUCCACUCGAUCACACUAUAUCAGCCUGCAAGACCGCUUUCAGUAUCCUCGAGCAGAUAAGAAGCAGUGCCUUCUCCAUGGCCACACCGUCGCAAUCGGAAUACGUCCAGGCUGAUGCGGCAUCCUCAACGCACAUAGCUCCCUGGCUCCGUUCCUUCGUGAGCCGGCCAUGCGAAGUCAAAGGCAUAGUCCUACUACCGACCGAACCACUGACACGCCUGCUGCUCUCCUUCUUCGCCCAGAUUCCCCAAGGGUAUCUCGACCUCGUCCUUCCUCUCCUCGACCAGCGGCUCGAGAAUCCCGCUGGUGCACCACCCGACUGCAUCGCAUCGGAUUUGACACAGAAGCAAGCGCUUGCGCUCGAUAUAUAUGCGCACUGGUCCGUACUUAUGUUCUUGGUGGAAGAGGAGUCGUGGUGGAUUGGGAUGUUGCCGUUGGUGACGCUUACUGGUAUGGUGAAUAGAUAUGGAACUCAGCUUGUGAGGCGACUGUGGCCGGAAUGUGAUGAUCAAACACAGUGGUGGCCAGGGACUAUGUUACGUACGCUGCAAGACAUCAAAGGUUGUAUAUAG